AUGGAAAACCACCAAAACCAAAACAAAAACCUAAACCAAGAACACCAUCAACAACACCAUGCUUGGGGCACGUGGGAAGAGCUUUUACUAGCGUGCGCCGUCAACCGCCAUGGCUUCAAAGACUGGGACACCGUCGCCAUGGAGGUUCAGUCAAGAACCAACCGCCCCACGCUCCUCGCCACCGCACACCACUGCGAACAAAAAUUUCACGAUCUAAGCCGUCGAUUCAGAGAUGACGUUCCUCCGCCGCAACAGAAUGGGGACGCCGCCGCUGUCGAUUCCGAUCAUGUCCCUUGGCUUGACAAAUUGCGGAAACAACGCGUUGCUGAGCUUCGGCGUGAUGUCCAACGCAGCGACGUCUCCAUUUUGUCGCUGCAGUUACAGGUGAAGAAGUUGGAGGAAGAGAAAGCGAAAGAAAAUGACGGAGAAGAAGAUAAAAAACCAGAUCUGGCGGUUACAGGCGAGGAAGAGCGGCCGGAAAAAGAAAAAAACGGUGGAGAAAUGGAAAAGGCUAAACCAGUGAUUUCCGAACCGGAUAUUCGCCGGCUUGAGGAAAGCACAACUAAUACUGACAAGGUUCUACCAACAACAGGGGAUGAAUCGGACCGAGACAAUCAAUCGGUUAAUGAGUCGAACUCAACCGGUUCGAGGUUCGAUGCAGCGAAAACCGGUGAGGUUGAUGUAAAAAUAGAACCCGGUCCGGUUCCAGUUCAUUCCGGUUUGAAAGAACCGGAUCAGACCGGGAGAAAGAAAAAAUCGGUUGAAGAGGAAUCGAAUAACGGAAGCUUUGAUAACGAGGCUAAAGUUCUUACGUAUGAGUCGGUUCCUCCAAGUGAAGAGAGGAAGGUGGAGGGUGACUCGUCCGAGUUGCAUGACUCGGUGACUCACUCGGAGGAAGGAGGGACGAGAGAAAGCAGCGAAGUGCAGAGUUCUUCGAGUUUGACGAAAACGAGGAAGUCGCGGCGGAAGAAGGAAGUUUCAGGCGAAGAAGUUUUGCCAGAGAACGAGGACGUAGUAGCGAUGGUGAAAUCUGAACCGUUGGUAUAUGUCUUAGAGAUGAUUAAAAGACAUGAAAAAUUUUCAUUAUUUGAACGCCGUCUCGAAAAAAAUCAGGAUUUGGAUAGAUACAAAGACAUUGUGAGACAGCACCUGGACUUGGAAACCAUACAAUCAAAACUCCAAAAGGGUCUCUAUUCCUCAUGCACUAACACAUUCUUCCGUGACCUCCUCCUCCUCUUCACCAAUGCCACUGUUUUCUUCCAUCAUGACUCCGCUGAAUCACGCGCGGCACAGCAGCUGAUCCGCCUUGUCAUUGCUGAGAUGAGAAGCUGCAGUCGAACACAGUCUGACCCUAUUACCCAGAAGAAUGAUUCACUUCCUCCAAACCCACCAUUAUCCAAACCAGAUUCUGUUUUUCCCAAGCACAAAUCCUCUGCUCCUAUAAUAGUUUGCCGCAAACGCAGUACCAUCCCAGUUAAACCGUCCACAGCCACCUUUAACCAAAAGGGUGAUCAGUCCAUCAACAAUGACAAGAAGGAAAGAUCAUCUUCAGAUGCCAAACCAACCUUGAAACAAAGUUAUUCUGAUACAGACGAAGACGAGCCUCCCAAGGCCAAGGAAAAGCCUGUCACUGGAGCCAGAAGUAGAAGAAGCAGCAAAAGUCACAAUAGUAACACUGGCGAUAAGAAACUACUCUCUAACUCCACUCACAAAACAGGGUCCUCAGCAAACAAACCAGUUGAGACCCCGAAAUUGGAUAAGAACAAAGCAGAAGGAAUGUCAGACAAGAAGAAAAAUGCUGCCGCUGAUUUCUUGAAGAGAAUAAAGCGAAAUGCAUCGGCGGAGGUGAUGAGAAGUGGUGGUAGCGGUGGAGGAGCAAGUAGUGGUAGCAGUAAGGGUGGUGGAGGUGGUUCUAAUAUAAAAGAUCAGAAGAAAAUAGUGAACAGUGGAAAAGGGGAGAAAGGGAAAGAAAAAUCUCCAAGGUAUGACGAUGGAGGAGGGUCAGGGUCAGGAGAUAAGAGGAAUAAGAAUAUUGAGCACAGCUCUCAGUCGAGGAGAAGUGUUGGGAGACCUCCAAAGAAGUCAGAAACAAAUGUAGUUAAGCGCGGAAGGGAAAGUAGUGCAAGUGGUGGGAAAGAUAAGCGACCGAAAAAACGUUCAAAGAAAUGA